UACAGGGAUGACCAGAGACUGCGGACACAGUACAGGGAUGACCAGAGACUGCGGACACAGUACAGGAGAUGACCAGAGACUGCGGACACAGUACAGGAGAUGACCAGAGACUGCAGACACAGUACAGGAGAUGACCAGAGACUGCGGACAGUACAGGGGAUGACCAGAGACUGCGGACAGUACAGGGAUGACCAGAGACUGCGGACAGUACAGGAGAUGACCAGAGACUGCGGACAGUACAGGAGAUGACCAGAGACUGCGGACAAGGGAUGACCAGAGACUGCGGACAGUACAG